AAAACACUAGAAGAAGAAAAGGACCAUGAAAUAGAUCCAUCAGAAAAAAAGUUUGGGAGAGAAAUAGAACCCAAAUUUUGCAAUUUCAGAAAACCUCAGGGACCUCUCCUUUUCCAUCAGUCUUCUUCUGCCUCCAAAUAUUUUUAGCUCAGUUUCCUCUUCCCGCUCUCUCUCUCACUUUUCUCAAGCUCAACAAACAACUUCUUCUUCUUCUUCCUUAUCUCUCCCUCGCCGGCGAGAUUUCUAGGGUUUGUGCCGAUUGCCAUUCGUCUCCUGGGUUGAGAUCCCCGGUUUGGCCUUAUGUACUUGUGGGUGGACACGUGGAUGGAGCUCUGCUGAACCUUUUAGUGGGGAAAAGCCAGAUUGUUGCUCCAAGUAUUUUUACAUGCAUCUUCGAUUUUGAUACUAACUGAAUGGGUGGAUAUUUUGAAUGAUCGAACUGUGGUAGAUUUCUUCCCUUGUCUGUGCAUGUGGGAUUCGUGAUAUAAGAGAAAGGAAACUUUUUAAAUCCUGAAUCACCUAUGGAGUGCAACAAAGAGGAGGCGGUCAGAGCAAUGCAACUUUCAGAAACAAAUGUGCAAAACAAAGAUUAUAUAGGAGCAAUGAAGAUGGCACAAAAGGCUCAGAGACUCUUCCCUGAUCUCGAAAACAUUUCUCGGUUACUUACGGUAUGUGAAGUUCACUGUACAGCAGAAAACAAGCUAGGUGGAUCCGAAAUGGAUUGGUACGGAAUUCUUCAGAUUCAACAAUUUGAUAAUGAUGUCACCAUCAAGAAACAGUAUAGAAAAUUGGCACUUUUGCUUCAUCCUGAUAAGAAUAAGUUUGCUGGUUCGGAGGCUGCUUUUAAGCUGAUUGGGGAAGCAAACAGGGUGCUGUCGGACAAACAAAAACGUUCUAUAUAUGACAUUAAGUAUAGAACUUUAGCAAGACCUGGUGGACCAAAAACAACAGCUCAUCAGUCAAAUAUUGAUUUCUUUGCUGCAACCAAUUCUCGGAAUAAUCCUCAGUCACCUGUGCAACCAAACACAUUCUGGACACAGUGCUACUAUUGUUUCUCAAAGUUUCAAUACUAUAGAGACUUUCUGGGUCGGUUGCUCCGUUGUCAAAGAUGCCGGAAAGCAUUUGAAGCUCAUGAAUUUCGGGAAGGUGUGCAUCCAGAAUCUUUCAGAAAUGACUUUCCGAAUCAUAAAGAGCCGCCAAGUCAGGGUCCUUCAAACGUAGCCUCACAAAGUAAUGGAGGAACUGAAAAAGGAAAUUUCACAAGAUUUCAGAAUGGAGAUGCAGCCUUCAAACCUGCGUCAAAGGUAGGAACUUCUGCUGACUUGAGUGGGGCUUCUGACGCUGAAAAGAAAGAUAUUUGGCGUGGGGUUGAAGUGGGGAAGCAAGGUGUUGAAACAUCUAAAUUUGGUCCAGUGAAGUCCAAAGAUACAAUAACUUCUAGAAAUAUGAACAAAGAAAGAGAGAAUUCAACUUUUGAAUUUAGAGAAAGUUUGAAGACUGGAAAUAGAGCUACAGCUGAUACUGAACGUGCUGCUAAAAAGAAGAAUGAUAGUGUUUCUGAACUCGGUGGAGGCCGUCACCCUAGGAGAUCUCCAAGGAACAAGCAUAAUCUUUCAUCCCUCCUAGAUGACAAGGAUGAUGAUGAUUUUGUGAGUCCCCCAUUCAAAAGGUUGAGGAAGGGCCAAUUGUUUAGUGCUGCUGAGGAGGGAAAUAAUGCAACUGUUGGUGGACAUAAGAAAAAUACAAGAGAAAAAGUAAGUUUUCCUCUAGAAGAAAAUUUGCCAAAGAAGAAGAGUAAAACUGAGGAAUUUGAGUUGACGGUAAAGGGAGCCGCCAUGUCAGAUCAUGAUGAAAGCAACUUCAAAGCUGAUUUCAGUCCUGUAGCUAAUGUAGAUGUUGCAUCCACUCCGGGAGCCAUUGAAGUACCUGAUCCUCAAUUCCAUAAGUUUGUGCUUGAUGAAGAUAGUUUACCAAGUCUUUUUGAAGCCAAUCAAAUUUGGGCUCUUUAUGAUCCAGCAGAUGACAUGCCCAGAUACUAUGCUUUUGUCAAGAAGGUCCUCACCCCUGGAUUUAAGCUGAAAAUCAGAUGGCUGGAGGCCAAUCCAGAUGACCAAGGUGAGAUUGAUUGGUCCGAGAAGGAGUUGCCAGUUGCUUGUGGCAAGUUCAAACUUGGGAAAACUCAAGAAAUUAAAGGUCAUCUUAUGUUUUCUCAUCAGAUGCACUACAGAAAAGGAAGUGAUAAAAAGUCUAUUCUGGUAUAUCCUAGGAAGGGAGAAACUUGGGCCAUGUACCAGAAUUGGGAUAUUGGAUGGAGUUCUGAGCCGGAAAAGCACAUGCCCCACAAAUAUGAAUUUGUUGAAGUCUUGUCUGAUUUUGUCGAAGCUUUUGGAAUUGGAGUUCGUUAUUUAGGCAAAGUGAAAGGAUUUGUCAGUUUAUUUCAGCCAACUGAGCAGCACGGGGUUGUCAUGUUUCAAGUACCAACUCAUGAGCUGUACAGAUUUUCUCAUCAGAUUCCCUCUUUCAAGAUGACUGGUUGUGAAGGAUCUGGUGUUCCCCCAGGAUCCUUUGAGCUUGAUCCUGCUUCUUUGCCCACCAGUAUUUUUGAUUCAAGUGAUCUAGGUAACUUGGAAAUGGAUGACAGAAGCAAGAAAACUGAAACUGAUGGUACGUCUUGUGAAAGGGUUGGUUCUGUAACUGCAUGCACAGGUAUGAAGCAGGAGAAGAAGCUUUCUGAAAGAGAGACUUUGAUGUCUAGAUCUCCGAGAGAGUCAGAUACUGAAUUUGUGAAUUGUAUGAAAGGGAAGCGCAUGACAAACCUAAACCAUGGAAACCUCACACAACCCGAGGAAAGUGCUAUUCCAUGUCAAGCAGAUAAGAGAAACGACACACAGAAGAAGCAUCAGAAGAAUGAUUCGGAUAAAGAAAGUUUUAGUCUUAGAAGAUCACCAAGGGAAUUAAGCAAGAACAGUACCCCAUCAAACGGAGCUAUGAAGUGUCCAGAUUCUGCCAAGGAUGACGGCCAUGUCAGCUUCCCUCAGUCUAAAGUAAACUCUACCUCCAGCCAGUAUAAUAACAGGAUGCAUUCAACUCUGAAGGAUCACCAUACUCCCAGUCUCAUGAAAAACCUUGUAGCCCCUCCUCCAUCUUCAUCACCUGCCUGCAGAUUGUCCCAGACUGAAUUCUACGACUUCAAAGGGCUAAAAUCUCAGGAGAAAUUUAGUCUUGGUCAAAUUUGGGCUCUGUAUAGUGACCGAAAUGGGAUGCCUAAUACUUAUGCUCAAGUUAAGAGGAUUGAGGUUAGGCCAAAUUUUCAAGUGCAUAUGGCAGUGCUGGAACCUUGCUCAGAACCGGAAAAUUUGUCUGGACCAGUUUCCUGUGGGACAUUUAGAUUGAAAAAUUGCCCAACUGAGGUCUUCCCCCUCUCUUCAUUUUCCCACUGCUUAAAUACCAGAAAUGUUGUUGGUAGGAAGGUGUUUGACAUACAACCCAAGGAAGGUGAGGUUUGGGCUCUAUACAAGAACCACAAUCCUGAGCCGACUUGUCCCAACCUGGGCAAGGGUGAAUGUGAAAUAGUGGAAGUGCGGGGAAAUAGUGGAAGAAGCACAAAGGUUGGAGUUCUGGUAAAGGUUGAAGGGUUUAAAUCAAUAUUCAAGGCUCCAAGAAUCCAGAGAUCAAAAACUGGGAUCAUUGAUGUACCGCGGUCUGAGUUUCAUAGAUUUUCUCACCAGAUUCCUGCUUUCCAGCAUAGCGGGGAGAGUGACAGUCGACUUGCAGGCUGUUGGGAGCUUGAUCCAUCAUCAAUACCUGGUACUGUAAUUUCCUUAGAUUGAAACUGCAAUGUGCCAACUUUCUAGCAUCCGUUCGUUUAACUCUUGACAUUUGCCGGAGUGCUGCUUGAGAAUAAAUAGAAUGAACUUCAGUUAAACAUUUCAGUUUACAUUUCUUGAGAGUUGGUGAAUGUUCGGAGCCUGAAGCAUUAGCUUGUCAUCUUUUUGCUAGUGCAAAUUUAAUAAUGAUGAGGGGGCAAAGACAGGUUUUCUCCCAUCUUUGAGUGUUGUUUUCAUUGUUCUACUUUUUGCCUGUUUGCCUUGCAUUUGUAGCUUGGCUUCAUGCAUGAUGUAGGGUCUGACUGAGCCAUCAUAGUUCCUACACGUGGAAUUGUGGCUAUUUCCCAUACUGUGUUCUUUGAGCCAUAGACUGCUUUGCUUAAGAUAGCUUCAUUAACAAUGUAGAUUAAAUAUUUCUCAA